AUGUAGUGAGCCCUAUAUGGGCCACAUCAUCGAGAGACGUUUUCAGGUUACAGAAUAUUGGAAUAGAAGGAAUAAACACUUUUUGUAAAUCAGAAUUAUUAUUGAGUUCUUUCAGUUAACGAUAACUCUAGUCAUGGUUGUUCACUUGGCACCUCUAUGGUCACUUCAAAUGGGGCGGUUGCUGUCCCAAAGGCCGGGCGUCGGGGUGGAGAGUCGUGUGCUAGAUGAAUGUAAACACUAUUUGAUUCAUAGUCAGAAUGCCGCUAAGUGUGUAGAUUCUCCCUUGAGAAAAACUUAUCAAAACUCUCCACACCCACGAGAGACCCUGUCAUGAAGGGUAAGAGACAACUCAUGUUCUCUCUACAUUCACUACGUUCCACUACAACCACCUCAACGUAAUAUGAACAUCAAUAGAUAAUGCACUUGGAACGUUCCAAUCAAGAUAAGAAAUGAAUUUAUGUCAAUUGGGAAAAAAUUUAAUUAUAGGGAAAUUGAAUAUUUCUUCAAAACUAUUUUUUAACAGAUUUCUGUUAUCCAUAUACUCUUCCUCAAAAAUAUAUUAUAUCAUAAUAUCUUCAUAAAAUCUAAUAGAAAUACAUUAUAUUAUGAAAGACUAACCCCGUACUUUACUAUAAAUCCAUCCCACUUAAACAGGGUAUUAAUAGUAUGGAAGGAAAAACAUAACAGGAAUGAAAUUCACAUUUUACAUUAAAUCCAGAAUAAAUUCAUUGAAUUCAAAUCCACUACAGAGCAUCUAGUCAUUGAUUGAGACACAUGAUGUGGUCGCCUUUAGUCACCGCUGUAGAUUAGGAAUUUACGAAUCCCGAAGUGGUCAACUAACGUAUGGGAUGUUUCAUGGAAAGGUUGUCUUUAUGAUCGACUAAUAUCGCUUUUAUAACCCAGGUAAUGGUUGAUGUUCGAUUCAUGUGAACGUUAGUGGUACCGGAAGUCGACAGUAACAAUACAGAUUUUACUAAAGGUACAUAAAAGCCAAGUUCUGAACGUACUUCAGUAUUCCUAAACCUUCUAUUAUCUGACUUGAAUACAGUUCGGUAUUGAACUAAAUUAACCUUUGUAUUGGCUAACUCGAAUGUUGGUUGUUUGGGAAUACGCUGAUUCAAGCUGUAUAUCUAGUCGUUGAAUUUCACUAAUUUUGAAUAGAAAUAUUCUGAUAAAACAAAUUUCUCGCAGUAUCUCUGCACUUAUGCAGAAGAUAUAUUGUUCGUCUCCAAAGAGCAUGUGGAAUACUGUAAGCAACUGUUUGUUUCGUGGAGCAGCACUGGUAAGUCCAGAAGACACAAUGUAUUAAUAUUAUAUUAUAUUGAAUUCUAUAGAAUGUAUGAAUGUAUUCAUGUAAACAAUGUAUUCAUUCUCCUGCGCACAUGCUAACAUCACUGUGAGUCAUUUUGACAUAUCGUUGUCAGUCAGAAGGGUUGUUACUAUCGAGUGUGACAUGUAAUCUAAAAUUUCUUGGAUGUCAGAACACCUGCAGGGUACAUCUUCCAAGCAAUUAAAUGGUUGGAGGAGACGUAGUUUCUUUUAUACUCAUACAAUAGGUUAGAUGAUGACUUGGGUAAAUAGUUUGUCUAUGGGUGAAUCUAUAUUCUAUCAUGACAUCAAUUGCAGCUAAGUAUUCCUCUUCAUUGUAGCCACUCUUCCCCAUCAUUAUUAUCAGAUCUCUCAUGUUGAAACGUUUGUUAACUGUUGUCAUCAAAUCUCGAGUUAGUGUGGGAAAGGCGUUAUUAGUUGGGAUUCGAUAUGGAUGAUAUUUUAUACAGGAUGGUAGCUGAUCAAUGUCUACACCAUAGUAAAGAGCUUCAACAGUUGCACACUGCGCCAAUUUGUAGAGGCUGGGAGGGUCUGUCAUCCUGUAAAAAUUGAAUUCAAAUGUUAUUUUAUUGCACAUAUAUAAUACUGACUAGAAUAGAUAACCAUCACUGUUGUUGAUAGUGUGUCAAACCAUCAUACAGUUGGUUAGGGAGUAACAUAUUGGGAGCAAUGGUUGGGGAAUAGUUUGCAAAUGGUACACCACUCCAUUGCAUGGCUGGUAGAAGUUCAUCACCAUACUUAUCCCUUUAAGAGAUCUCUUCUGGUGGUGGACAAGGAGUUUCCACACUUGUACCAGCUGCUUCAUCCAACCAAUCCUCUUCAUCAAUUUCAUAAUCUAAAAUCUCCUCAGCAGGUGGGGGACUGCCUGCUUGCUGUUGUCUGGCUCUGAAGGCAACUCCCCACUCAGGGUUGUAAGGAGGAGGUAGAUCAUCCUCAGGUUCAACUGCAUUGUAAACCUGAGGAUCAACUAUCUCCUCCUCAUCCUCCCACAGCUCAAUCCAGGCUAGGGGCUCCAAUUCCUGUGGAGGGGUUGCUGGCGUUGGAGUCAGGUUUUGGCCAGAAUUCUGCAAUCCCCAGUUCCUAAGGUUCUCCUCUGAGUUUGCUAGCUCCCAGUUCUUGCUAGGCAUGGGAGGCGUGGGAACUCUAGGGAUCACCCAGUUCCUUGUGGAAGUUUGCAUUCUUGGAUCCUGCGGUGAGGCCAAUUGGUGGGAUGAAGGGCUACUGCCAAAUUGAAGCUGUCUUGGCCUCAGCUGGUGGGAUGAUUGUUGGUGGCAAUAUGGCUGCUGUUGGUGGGGUGACUGUCGACGGUGGGGUGACUGGUGGCGGCGGUUGGAUGACUGGUGGCAGUGGGGUGACUGGCGGCGGUUGGAUGACUGGCGGCGGUGGGGUGACUGGUGGUGGCGGUUGGAUGACUGGCAGCGGUGGGGUGACUGGUGGCAGCGGUUGGAUGACUGGCGGCAGUGGGGUGACUGAUGGCGGUGGAGUAACUGGUGGCAGCGGUUGGAUGACUGGCGGUGGUGGGGUGACUGGUGGCAGCAGUUGGAUGACUGGCGGCAGUGUGGUGACUGGUGGCAGUGGUUGGAUGACUGGCAGCGGUGGGAUGACUGGUGACAGUUGGAUGACUGGUGUGGUGGGGUGACUGGCUGCGGCGAGAUGAGGAGCUGGCUGGCAAAUGAGUUGUCCCCUGGAUUAAUUGUAGUCCCUGCUGGAUUGAUUGAGCUCCCAGCAGGGUGAGGCAGUUCAUUAUGGCUGCAGCAGGCCCCAUCAUCACUGUGAUGACUCCAUUAUACUGUGAUGACUCCAUUACUGUGAUGACUUGCUCUCAGCCACCUUGAACAAAGCAAUGAUUGGUUAGGUUCUGAAAUGGUAUGAUAGGUUGUGAGGCUAGGUUUGGUAGGAAUAGGAAGCUAAUAAUGGGAUUGCCUGAUGUUAAGCCAGCCAUCAAUCCAUGUGUGGCAAUACCUGCAUUUUCUUGCUCCUAGCAUGCAUAUUUUGCAUGCUAGGUGCAUGCAGGGCAAGAGUAGACAGGAGUUAUCCACUUCUCUGCAUACAGAACAUACACUCACGAGAUGAUGACGAUGAUCUGGCUCUUCAUCACUGUAAUCAUUGUCAUCAACUUGUAAGCUCAUGUUCUGUAUGUUGAGUCGUCUCCGGAUGUGGACUUUGCUCCUUAGAAAUGUCAUCAUCCUCCUCUCUUCAUAGCUGCCUGAAUGAUCUUGAUUGGCAGGGGCUGGGGAUUGGGCUGGGGUUGAGGAUCGAGGUCUGAUACUUUCAGAUGUGGGGGAUGAAGGCAGUGAAUCAGUGUCAAUAUCUAGGAUUGAGGGUCGGAUGUUUGGGUGUGUUGGGAUGGAGGUUCAUUGAUGUUCAUUUGAAAUGUUCUAGGAGAUGAUGGUUGUGAGCUGUAUGGUGGGGGUGGGGAAUGUGAAUGGGGUCUGGGAUCUAUUUCAUCAUAGGGGGGAAGGUGAGAUGGGUGCUCCUGAUUAUCAGAACCAUUGCCGCUCAUGUCUGAAAACCUGAAAACAACAUACACACCUUCAUCACUAUCAAUGUCAAACAUACUGUGGGGACAGCCUAAUUCUAUGGCAAAGACUUAUUAUACGUUUUUAGGUUAGGAUGGAAUACAACCACCAACUCUAUGUAUCAGAGCCUAAUUCAGAAUUCAACUCAAAACUUCCAAUACUUAAAGCAUGCAGUCUCUAACUCUAUGUAUCAGAACAAUUCAGAAUUAAACUCUCAACUUGCAUCUUACUCUAUGUAUCAGAACCUAAUCCAGAAUUAAACUCUUAACUUGCAUCAUACUCUAUGUAUCAGAACCUAAUUCACAAUUAAACUGAACAUUUUCGAAUUUAAUUGACAGUCUCAA